CGUGUUAGUUGGUAAGUGUGACGAGUAAGUGGGGAAUGUUUGUUGAAACCCAGGUUGAAACUAAUCACUAAAGCUGAAUUGGAAAUGCGUCUGAAAAAGUUCUUGUUACGUUAUUAUCCACCAGGAAUAAUUUUGGAGUAUGAACAAUCAGGCAUGAUGAAGUCAAAAUCUAUAGACCUGUUGGAUUUAAAACCCACGUCUGAUGUUGAUUUGCUACUGGAUGACAUUAUUGCUAAGGAACCCCUUAUUACACCCUCAAAGAUGGAGCAAGUGAGAAAGUUAAUUCUUAGACUAAAAGAAAAACAAGCAGAAAGUGUGGAUCACCAUUUCUAUCUUUUCAAGGUUUUAAGAGCUCACAUCCUUCCACUGACAAAUGUGGCUUUCAACAAGUCUGGAACAAGUUUCAUAACAGGAAGCUAUGAUAGAACUUGUAAAGUGUGGGAUACAGCCUCAGGAGAAGAGCUGCAUGUAUUGGAGGGACACAAAAAUGUUGUUUAUGCAAUUGCAUUCAACAAUCCCUAUGGGGACAAAAUAGCAACUGGAUCAUUUGACAAGACUUGUAAGCUAUGGAGUGCAGAAUCUGGGAAGUGCUACCAUACUUACAAGGGACAUACUGCUGAAAUUGUGUGUGUUGCAUUUAAUCCACAAAGUACAGUUGUGGCCACUGGAAGUAUGGAUACUACAGCUAAGUUGUGGGAUGUACAGAAAGGAGCAGAGAUAUCCACUCUGUCAGGUCAUUCAGCAGAAAUUAUUUCCUGUUCAUUUAACACAACUGGAGAUCAACUGCUCACAGGCUCAUUUGAUCACACUGUGAGUGUUUGGGAUACAGCAACUGGAAGGCGUUUACAUACACUGAUUGGCCAUAGAGGGGAAAUUUCCAAUGCUCAAUUCAACUUUGAUAAUUCUUUGAUAGUAACUGGAUCAAUGGACAAGACAUGCAAAAUUUGGGACUCAAGGACAGGGCAGUGUAUAGGCACCUUAAGAGGUCACGAUGAUGAGGUGUUGGAUGUGUGCUUUGAUUUGACCGGUCAGUACAUAGCAACAGCUUCUGCAGAUGGAACUGGAAGAGUGUAUAACGCUCUUACUCAUCAUUGUGUUUCAAAACUUGAGGGGCACGAAGGAGAAAUUUCCAAGAUAACUUUUAGUCCUCAAGGUACAAGGUGCCUUACGGCAAGUAGUGAUAAGACAGGAAGGCUUUGGGACCCAUUUUCAGGAAAAUGUAUACAGGUUCUUGAAGGGCAUAAUGACGAGAUCUUCAGCUGUGCUUUUAAUUAUGAAGGAAAUAUAAUAGUAACAGGUAGCAAAGACAACACCUGCCGACUGUGGAGGUAACAAGAAAGAAUGUACGCCAGCGGAACAAUAGUCAUCGUAUUUUACUUCAACAAACAAUAAGACAAUGUACUUUAGGCCGAGGUUAUUCUUUCUUUCUUAUGUUGAGGUAGAUUGUCCUCACCUUCCCCCGGAAAGUUUAGUCGUUUCCAAAAAUUUUCGCACGCCCUUAAAUUGGUGGACGAUGGAUACAGAAGUUUCCUUUCGCCUCGCAUUCUCAGCAAUAUCUGUUGCAGUUGAGAGUGCCCCUCUAACUAUUCACAAAGACUUAAAGUAUGGGCUUCGGGAAUGCGAACACGGAGUUUAAACAUUGAGUUUAAAUUGGUAAAACAUUCAACGGGAUGUAGCCUUGAAUAUUUAGAGGAAAGAUUUUAAACUUACUUGCCUUAAGCGGAUAAUUUUUGGAACUUAGGGUCUAACUUAAAUCGCGUGCACAUCGUUGCGUCAUGAAGCUGCCUCGCUGAAAAAUGAACCCUUCUGGUUGUUACAUGAGGGUCUCAGUGUGGUUUACCGUUAACUUGGCUAAAGCUUGCUAUUAUUAGUCAUCACAUCUUCGAAAUUUUUCUUUUCGUGGUCUAAAAUGGAGUCAAGAGGUAUGCUGCAUAUCACAAGAAGGCGAUCGGCUUCAUUAUUCACUGGAUACAUAGUUGAACUGGUCCUCUUGUUAGCAAUUAAUAGGGGGGGGAGGGGGGUAGGACAGAUUUACUUUUUUCUGGAAAUGCGUCUGUAAUCCAUUCUUUUUGGAAUGUUUCAUUUUGAUAAAUUACAGACCAUUAAACAUUAACCGUAGGUCACUUAGUGAUGGCUGUUUACCAAGAAAUGUAAUGCCAUUUUUUGAAGUUGAACAAGUGAGUACCACAGCAAACUUGUAGUUUUGAAAAGAUCUUUCCUCACACAUGUUUCGUUUAACACAGAUAUAUGAUGGUUUCACACAGGAGCCACGUAAUGUGCCUGGGACAACAUUUAGCGUGAAGACUUUUGGUUGAUUAAAAAAAAGCUCAGAUAAAAGCUAUAUUCAAGUAUUUACGAAAUUCUACCUAAGCCAUACCUCUCGUGAAAACUGUAAUUCGGAAAAACCCUUAAUCGUUAAAUGGACGACAAUCAGUUAACAGUCCAUCCUCGAAUGGCUUAUCUUUGACCUUCGACCAUCGAAAAUUCCUCCGCACUGAGACCCUUUACGGAUAAAACGCAUUUCAAGCCCUUAUUUGAAAAUAGAUUUAAUAUAUUUCGCAUCUCGGAAAUUUGGAAAGGGUACGUGUUCGUGUUCUUCCGUCAGGAGCAUUUUCUAAAAUAGGGGCGGAUGGUUGGGUUGUUCCCUGUUCCACCAACAUUUACGUUCUUUUCAGCACUUUCUGUGAAUUUCGGCAGGUUUUAAACAUUGCUGAUUUCCUGUAUUGUCUGUUUCAACCAUGAAGUGUUUGUGUAAGCAACUGAAAACCAUAUGGUUCCUGCAAAUGGUCCUAACUGCGUUAAGAAAAGAAGUUGUCAUGAUAUUUUAUUCUUCAAUUAGAUAAAUGUUUAAAUAUUUUAUGAAUAUGAAGAAGAAUAUUGUUAAUAAAUAUUGUGAUGGUGAUGAUGA